AUGUCCAGUUCACUGGAAGGUGAACGUCAACCUUUACUGAACAACGGCAAAGAUGAGAUUCAGCAAGAUUGGAGACACCUUAGCGUGGCUCGUAAGCGUGUGAUUGUCGCAACUGCUCUUUUGACUGGUUUCUUGUCUGCCCUUGAUUUAACCAUCGUGGCGACAUGCAUAGCUACAAUCUCUUCGGAACUUCAUUCGGCAGACCAAGAAGCGUGGAUUGGUACGGCAUACCUAUGGAGCAGCGUGACAUUCACACCUUUGUAUGGACGAUUGAGCGACUUGAUAGGUAGACGAGCUGCAUACGUGCAAGCUGUGUUUAUAUUUACUCUCGGGACAUUGGGAUGCGGCGUAGCACCGACUUUCUCUUUCCUCAUCAUAUCUCGAUUUAUUGCCGGAAUGGGUGGUGGUGGGAUCGGCACAGUGUCAAGCGUUCUCAUGGCCGACAUAUUCACUCCUGCGGAACAAGGCUUCUAUCAAGGCUUGGAAUUUGCGGUGUGGGGAGCUGGAACUGGACUCGGGGGACCAAUUGGCGGUGCUCUCACUCAGAUAUUCGGCUGGAGAGCAGCUUUUUAUGCCCAGGUCCCGAUCGCUGCGAUCGCUCUGAUUGCUAUACCAAUUGCUAUACCUUCUAACGAAAAAGGUCAUUACGACCUGAAGUCUUUGAGAUUGAUCGAUUUUGGCGGAGCAGUGGCCUUGUUGGUCUCGAUCGGAUCAUUGCUCCAAUUGUUAUCUAGAGCUGGUGGAUCGCAACCGAUAUAUCGCGACCCUUUCAGCUUAGCUAUGGCUAUCCUAGCACCGGUCUUCUUCGCCUUGUUUGUCUAUGUUGAGCUUAGGGUCGCGGAAAGACCAGUGUUGCCUUUAUCAUUACUCAAACGCAGGACUCCGUUGUGCGUGGGCAUAAUCGCAGGGGUGAUUGCUGUAGUCAACUUCAACAUGACUUAUCAUCUGCCGAUGGUGUUCGAGAUCGUCUACCAACAGCCCUUGGCCGUAGCCGGAGCCCAUCUACUACCUAAUUCUAUUGCGAUGUCUGUAUCAGCACCGAUAAUGGGAUACAUCUGCCAAAAGACUUUGCACUUCAAGUGGCUGACCGUUCUCAAUUGCGCUGGACCUGUGAUAUCGAUGGCAUUAUUCGUAUCAUUACGGGAGAGCUCUUCUUGGGCUGCGGAGUGGCUCAGUGUAGUACCGAUGGGUGUAGGUUUUAGCGGACUACUGACUUUGACGCUGGUCGGAAUGCUCAAUUCAGUCGAAAUCGACGAGAUCGCCACCGCCACCGGAUUUGUCUUUGUAUGGCGAAGUCUAGGUCAAGUUUUCGGUGUUGGUCUAUCAAGCGCGGUAUUCCAAGGCUCAUUGGCCAGUCAGCUGAAUGAGCGAUUUGAAUCACCAGAGGUUAUUGACAAGCUGCGACAUGUGUUUCAUGCCAUUGAUGAUCUGCCUGAAGCGUGGCAGAGAGAGACCGCAAGGAAAGGCUUCGGAAUAGCUUUGAGAAACACCUUUAUCUUCGGUCUCGCUGGGGCUUCACUAGUGUUCGCAACUUCACUUUUCAUUCCUGAUGAAAGGCUGAAAGGUCCAGAAGAGGGGCCAAUAUUUGCUGUACCGGGUACAGAUACACACGCUGAUUUAGCAGAGGAGGAGCGUUGA